AUGCUGUAUUCUUUCCGGCCCAUUGAGACGUUCAUCUGUGACUUCGGAGAUCCACACGACUUGCUGAGCAACAACGCCAUCGUUAGCUGCCACACAUAUUUCGAAUUCUCUGAAUUCCCACCUGUCAUAUGUCCACGCGUAGUCAACAACACCGAAUACGUCUGGCAUCCACAACCUACAAAGAUUGAGAACGGUUAUCAUAACGCAUACGUUGGUGGCAAUGGCAAAAUUCGUUCCGUCGCUAUUGCGGAAGUUGUCGUCACUGAUAGGCCUGUUGAAUUUGUUACAGUGCAAUCCAAUCCGUCGCAAAGUCGCCUGCACUUCGACAUACCAAGGAAUGAAUUCUACGUCAUCAACGAGCGUCGUCUGAUAUUCAUCUGUGGGCCCCGAGAUUUGUUCUUGUCAGAUAUAUUGCAGCGUCACCUGGACCGACUAGAGAGUGUCACACAAAUGAGGCAACUACUUUGGAACUCUGUAACACCAUUGGCUCAUGAAUUGGGGGUAAUUGGAAAGGGUCUGGGUAUAUUCUUCUUGUACAGAGGCGAGACGCAUCUGCCUCUUCAAGGUUGUGGCAGCCGACUUUCGCCACUGUUUAAUGCGGAUUAUGAAGUUACCGUGGAUCCCGUUACUGGUACGCGAUCAUGUGUAGUAGACCCUAUGUCGAAUGCUCGCAUCGGAUUUGUUUGCGAAGGCCGAAUUGAACCCGCGGAUUGCAUGAAGUCCCUCUUGGACACGGACGGUAAAAUCACGAUUCCCCAUAGACCACAUUUCUAUUGGAGUUUUGAUCAUCAUCGACCUUGGGUGGUGGCGCAAUAUUUUCAGAAAUUAGCAUUCCCGCCAUUCAAUGGGGAAUGCAAGUGCGUCGAUCCAGAAACAUCCCGCGUGAAGGCCAGGAUGGAGCUACGGUCUAAAACUGACUACGUCUGCGAUAUCGCAAGCAAAAUAUUUCGCCACCGUAUACACCCAAUACGUGGCCCUUGGUGCUCUGUAGUGUUACACCCAGGCAGCACAUUGACAAUAAGAUUCCCUAUAGAAAAUGGCGACACCGACCCCUCUCAAAAAGAUUCACCAGUAUCUAUACGCUCUCGCACUCCUCCUAAUUAUUUAUUCAAAACUGAAUUCCGGCCGAAAAACCUGAUGACGCUGAGACAACUUACAACAAUUUAUGAUGAUAUUUACAGAGACGUAAUCUACCAUAAGGUAAUCGCUGGCGAUGCCCUUGAGUGGGAUGCUUCCAAUAUUUCACGAGGAGAGAUAAAACUGAAAUACCGUGAAAACAAGCCGCUUACGUUAAUAAGGGGAUUGAAUUUGUUUUUUUAUCAUUGGACAUUGAAGGCGAUCAACAACUACGUAUUUGAUAAUAUUCGCGCUGUAGUGAAUGUGUCAUUCGCAUUUACACAUCACUACAAGACGGUUGGUUGCGACCGUGCGUCACAUAAAGUAUUCGAUUCGGAAAUCAGCAAAAUGUAUUGCUCAACUAAACGGUGGAGUAACACUAUUGGACAAACAUACGAGUGCACAUACAACAAACAAUCGAGCAUUUUGUGGGCUGGUAUACACUGCCUACCGGACGAAGUGCUCAUGCCAGAUAAUUGUGACUCCACGGGAUACGAUCUUAAAUCCAAUCGCAUCACGCCACUUGCUGGAUCUUUGAAGACAGUGAUGAUGAAGCGUAUCCUUGGAUUUCAGUUAUUAAGACUUGACUUUCGAAAUAAUAGACCCUUCAGCUAUGCUUGCGUCUGCGUCGAUAAACGAGGAUACGAAAAAUCUAGAAUAGUAUUCGAUCAGAGUCUAAGCGACCGUAAAACGUACACCGUACGUCACAAAGAUGCACCCAAAAUUUUAGUUACCCAUAUGCUGGUGCCUUUGAGUGAACUAGGAUUGCCAGGUGGCCGAACUACCCCACCCGAAUUGCUUAUGAUACAGUAUAUCCCACGGGUGCCCAUAACACUGCAUGUAGGCACCUCGUUGAUCAUAAGCUGUAAUAUUGAACGUGAGGCGCAGUACGAUUCAAAUAACUUGAGGAUACGACCAAUGUGGCUGCCACGACUGCAUGAGUAUCAUCAUUAUACUGCAAAUUAUAUGGCAGAUAGGUCUGCGCUAGUUCACACGUCGCACAGCGAUUCACUUGCUACUACCCCAGGUGGCUUCGAAGUCCAUACAAUGAUGUCAACGCCUGCCGUCCAUGAAUUGGGCUUCAAAUCAAAUAGAGGCGGCAUUAUUAUAUCUAAGAAUCCGAUUCACAUAGAUUUUGUGCCCAUGACUUUUGUCUGCGGUAAAUAUCCUAAACCGUCAGAUUUUAUCACUAUCAAUAGUGAAGUAUCCUCGCCGUCGACUGGCAAUAUCGUACGAUCAUCGGUAAGAUACACGUGGCACGUCGUUGAGAUACACGUCGAAACCACUGACCCGUACAUGCAAGGCUGCGGAGUUACUUACGAAUCGGAUGAGCUGUUUAAACCUGAGACACCCCAACUGUACGACGCUUCCGGACGACAAAUCGGUUGCAAGAUCGACAUUCAGAAUGCUAAAGAAGCGGCGUUCUACUGCCCAGCACCGUACGUCCUGGACCCACCCAACUGCUUCGACCAGAUCUGGGUGAACGGUGAAGUGAAGAACGUAAGCUAUGUCAGCAAGUCGUUUGUAGCAUCUCGGAGUAAUCACUUUGUUAUACUGCGGUUCGACAGUGAACUCAUUGGACCCGGCGAAACGCUGCGCCAGACGCCGCCGUUGGAGUGUCGCUGCGUCACCAUCAAGGGGGUCAUUUUAUCCACCAUCCAGAUCGAGAACUACUACGCCAAGUAA